UUGAGAUGUGAGAGCACUCCUAAUUGGGAGAGUUUUCAGGAGACGUGGGCGGGUUUUUGUAAAAAGUGUUCAUAAAACUUUGACCAGAGAGAGGACUGCGCACUAAAAACACCGCGGUGUGCAAAUCUCUUAAGAGAUGCAGACGGAGCGUGCAAAGAGGAUGGACUUUGCAGGAGAAGAAGCGUCCCUGAAUUCACCUGAGCUGCCCUGGAACCAGCUCUAUUUGAAGAGAAGGACAGAGUCCAGGAUCCAGUUAAGGAGGAGAGUGUGCUUCACUGGCCCUGCUGCUGCUGCUGUUACCGGGGUAUUUGCAAUCCUCAUACUGGCUGCUGGCAGGGUCAGCGGCAGUGAGUUUGUGACAGUCCCGAGCUCAGUGAAGUGUCCUGAAGGGCAGGACUGUAUCCUGAGCUGCACCUUCAACUACAUAGCUGGAGGCUGGGAUGAGAAGACAGGUGUGACCUGGAGACAAGCAGAAACAGACCACAUCGUUCACAGGUACUAUAACAACAGGGACCAGCUUGCCCAUCAGCUCCCUCAGUAUGUGAACAGGACCAGCCUGUUUGAUUCUGAGCUGCAGCGCGGGAACGCUUCACUGCUGCUGAGGAGAGUCAGGGAGGAAGACGCUGGACAGUACAAGUGCUCUGUUAAAGCUCCUCGACAGCUUGGUUCGGGCCAGACUGAGUUAAUCCUGGUUUCAGCUCAACCCCUAACAGCAGCUGUUUGGAAUAAACAACACGCCUGGUGGGUUUUAGUAGCAUUUUUUGGUGUGGUUGCAAUUCUCUUUGUCAAACUGAUCAAAAAACGUGUAGGUUGGCGCUGGAAGCCCUACAAUGCUUUGAAAGCUGUAGCGUUUAAAACAGGCAGGGCCGAUGUACACCGUGGAAGCACCCAAAGCUAAAGAGUCACUUUAAAUAAAGGAAACGUGUUAUUGAAGAGACUUUUUAAAAAUCACGUUGUUUCCUAGACAGUUGAGCUGUAAUAUGUAGCCUUGUCUUUGCAGGAUAUCAAAAUAAUCUGGCAAAUAGACAGUCAUGGUCCCAUGCUAGGGUUGUCACAUUGUACCAGUUGUACAUUGUACCAGUUUUACAAUAAACUGGAGUGUAAACUGACACGGUUUUGAGGUGCUAUGGGCGCUGGGUUUUUUUUUUUAUUCACUGUUUGUCCAUCGGUGAGCCACUGUGUUCAUUAGAACUAGCAAAUUAAAACGGACCUCUCAGGCACGAUGGACAUUAUCCACGUAAGCCAUUAAAUAAGUGAUGUGGUAUUUAAUAUAAACGGUCCUACUAAACGGUGAUCACAAGCAAACGUGAUUGUCAGUAAAUGAAACACAAAUACUCGAAAAGGCACUGUAACACUUCAUCACCGCCUUCCUUUUCAUUUAUCAAACCAGAGAAGUGACAGUAGCUGUUAUCUAUCGUAUCAGUCAAGAGAAACGCAUUAAGCACACACCAGUGCAGAGAAUCAAAAAGUCUAUAUUUGCUACUAUAUGACCAAGUCUGUGAUGCUACCGGCAUCUGUGUUAUUUUUAUUUUAAACGGUAUUGUAAAGAUGUUGCCAUCUCCUCGAGUUUGUAGGGAUUUGGUUUUAUGUAUUUUUUACAACAUUUUUAGUUUUUUCAUUAUUUAAAAAAAAAAGGUUUGUUAUACUCUCAACAAACUUGCUGUAUUACUACUUGUCUUAAUUAUAACUAUUUCCUGUGUCUCCUAUUUGAUUCUCCUCUUACAGGUGUCAGUAUUCAGAUAGUUUUUUGUAAUUGCUCUUGUUUGAAAUCGUUCUCAUCCACUACGUGCUCUUACUGGACUUCACUCCUAUAGGACGUAUUUUUACCAUAAAAUGUUAACAAUAAUGAACAACGAUAGUUCAGGUAGAAAUUAC